AGGAUAAAUGGUUUACUAUAAAAAGGGUAAGUAUCCAUAGCGGAGGAACAUUGUCCAGACAUCUGUCCGCGGGGACGCACCACCAACCUGAAGAAUAACCGUAUAAAAUGGACUUCGUGCCGUUUACGUUAUUUUUCAUGGUUUCUCUGCUGAGCUUCCAAAUAUGUAUUGGAAAGCCAGCGAUUACAAAAGACAGCAAAACAUGGCCCUGCCCAAAAAACCAUGCCUUCUGCACUGUGAAGCCUGACGACUACCCCUCGAGAGAAAAAUUAAUACGGCUGUACAACACGUUUAAAGAUAAGGUUCCGAAACUGAAUGAAACCAGUGACCGCCAGGGAGGAAAAUCUGACUGCGCCGCUUAUGAUUAUUUGGUGGAAGAGUAUUACAUGAUCAUUGAUCAGAACAAAAAUAUAAGAUAUGUACUAUAUCUUCCAGGAUACUUCACAUUUCCGUUAAACGUCCAAGAAUGUAGACCGGAUGCGCCCAGAAAGAUCGAGCUGGAACUGACACACAGGCGAUGCGAGACCGGUUACUCGGACCGCGUGUUUUUCGUGCUGACGGACGACCUGGAGGGGCUGGAGACCGCGAGGUCCGCCACGGGAAUACCGACGAGCUGUACAGCUGUUCAAUAUGACGACGAUUAUUAAAGCAAUGAUUU